GUGCGACUUCGAAGUGGCGCUACACCGAGCGAUACGAGCUGCAUAUCCUGGAGUGAGACUAUUCGGUUGCUGGUUUCACUUCUGCCAAGGUAGGGUCAUUUGGGAACAAGUUGCACGUCAAGGAUUGGCAGGUGACUGCCUCCGCAACCCUGCAGUGAAGAUGGGGGUCAGGAUGUUAAUGUCCUUUCCCCACCUACCACCACAGCCGGGCCUACCCCAUGCACGUCAAGGAUUGGCAGGUGACUGCCUCGUUAACCCGGCAGUGAAGAUGGGGGUCAGGAUGUUAAUGUCCUUUCCCCACCUACCACCACAGCCGGGCCUACCCCAUGCACGUCAAGGAUUGUCAGGUGAUUGCCUCGUUAACCCGGCAGUGAAGAUGGGGGUCAGGAUGUUAAUGUCCUUUCCCCACCUACCACCAUAGCCGGGCCUACCCCAUGCACGUCAAGGAUUGGCAGGUGACUGCCUCCGCAACCCUGCAGUGAAGAUGGGGGUCAGGAUGUUAAUGACCUUUCCCCACCUACCACCACAGCCGGGCCUACCCCAUGCACGUCAAGGAUUGGCAGGUGAUUGCCUCGUUAACCCGGCAGUGAAGAUGGGGGUCAGGAUGUUAAUGUCCUUUCCCCACCUACCACCACAGCCGGGCCUACCCCAUGCACGUCAAGGAUUGGCAGGUGACUGCCUCGUUAACCCGGCAGUGAAGAUGGGGGUCAGGAUGUUAAUGUCCUUUCCCCACCUACCACCACAGCCGGGCCUACCCCAUGCACGUCAAGGAUUGGCAGGUGAUUGCCUCGUUAACCCGGCAGUGAAGAUGGGGGUCAGGAUGUUAAUGUCCUUUCCCCACCUACCACCACAGCCGGGCCUACCCCAUCCACGUGAAGGAUUGGCAGGUGACUGCCUCCUCAACCCUGCAGUGAAGAUGGAAUGUCCUUUCCCCACCUACCACCACAGCCGGGCCUGCACCAUGACACACUUACUCCAGAAACGGAUAUGGCCGAAGGACUUCGUGCCAUUCACAUAUGUAUUGAACAGAGCAACACGUUAAGGCUGAAUGCUCUUGUAGAUUAUGUAGAAAGGUUUUGGGUGUGCUGCGUAGGUGCAGAGAACUUCACCACGUUCAGCCAUCCAUGGCGAACUGAUAAUGACUUGGAAGGGUUCCAUUGCCGUCUGCGCAGUGUCAUGCUAGUACACUCCAACAUGUGGAAGUUUGUGGACUUGUUGUUGAAAAUAAAUAGAAAAUACUCGGCAGGAGUAAGAACUGUUUCAGAUAGGCGCCUUGUUCGACCCUCAACACAAUGAUGGUUCGGAACGGCAUCCGGAAAUUAGUAACUGGUGAAUACAGUUUUAUUACAUUCCUACGCUAUGUGUCACACACCGUGAACAGACUGUUUGAGGUUCUGGGCCACCCCCAGAACAGAAACCACGACAAUGGUGAAGAAGCAGAAGACCUCGAUGAACCAGCACCACGGCCUGAGUUUCAGGACGGUCAUCCUGGACGUGUGAAAGGCGACGGAACUGUAGCUGGAGCAGAACCGGAGGAAACAGAAUCCGCAGGUUCCAGCUCAAGCAAAUGCGAGGGUUUGCACAAAGUCUGUUUAUUGUAACCUGCCACCCACAUUGUUCUUCCAUGUGGACAUCUGGGUGUUUGCCACCAAUGUGUAGAUAUAUUGUAGGCAGUUAAUAGUGCCUGUCCAUUCUGCAGGCCAGCUGUGGAUAAUUUUGUACAAUUCUUUGAUAUGUAGUCAAGAAAUAACAGUUUAAACCACUUGAAUAUCAGAAAUAUUUAAAUGGGCCAAAUCAAACAUGAAUUAAAUUGUGUUCUAAAUCUACUAAAUGAUAAACAAGCAUCAUAGGAAACAAAUUUAAACAUUGCCUUCCCAGUAAUGCAGAUAAAAAUGGUAAAAAAGCUUUUAUAAUGAAUUAUAUAUAUAUAUACCAAAAAUUAACAUUAUAUUAAUGGGUAUUGAACUAAAAGUAAAUAAUUUAUAAUUAAAUAAAAAAAUUUAAGUUCACAUCUUUGUGAUUAUUAAAAAAUGUCAAAAAAAUUGUUAAGUUCAAGGAAAUCUUGUAUAUAGUGAAUUCCAGCUAGUAUAUACAUCUUAAUUCAUUUGUAGGUUUUAUUUUUUUCACUCAAGAUGUUAUAAAUAUACAAAAAAUUUGUCUGUAGUACUUUGAUGGAACAAGCUAAAGACAGAAGAGUUUAAAGCUGAAUAUUUUGAAGUUGCGAACAUAAAUGGCUAAGUAAUUGUUUAUGAAAUGCUCAGUUUAGCUAAUAGUUGUCUAAUAAAUCUUGUUCAUUUGUGUGGCAGUAUGUACAUAAAAUGUGUUUAUUUUGCGCGUGCAUGCGUGCUUGCAUGCGUGUGCGGAACUCCAAGUUACACGACACGGUGCAGUCGCUCACUGCCGUGUGCAAACCUUCACAGUGUAAUGAAAUUUUCUUUAAAUUGUUCCUUAAAAGUUAAAAUGUUAAGUCAAUUGAUGUACUUUUAGUACAGCAAUAGUGUUCGUAAUCAUUUUGAAAUUAUGACAGAGAAAUGUAUGAUAAGUAGAGACCUGAAAUUUUCGCGAUCGCGAUAACGCGAAAAAUAACGCGAAUUUCAUUGAUUUUCGCGAAAUAAUACGAUUUCGUCUAGUUUUCUGUAUACACACGAAAUUUUAAGAAAUGUACGGUAACAAACUUGGUUUCAUCUUGAGUUCGCCGGCAUCGCCAUGGUCAGAACUAAAACUAACCAACCUUAGCGGUAGCCUGCCACUGUUUACGUUUCGAAAAUCACAUACUUUACAUGUAUGUAUGGAAGAACGAAAUAUAUUGCUGCUAAGAUGUGACCACAACACAAAAUAAACAUAAUGUACGCAACCACAACUCCACGUCAUACAUGAGCGAUACUGUUGAUGUAAUGACUGGAAGGAGGCGGCAAGUUGUGAGCAAGCAGAACCAGCUUGGCCAACCCUUCAGCAAGAAAUGUCCGUACGAAAAUGUCAUUUGGACCGUAUUUCCCGAUCCAGGUCCGUACAUGAAUUUUUUUUUAUGAUUAUAUUAAUAAAACUAUUGCACAAUAAUGACUUCGUGAUUUAAUUUUGCCAUGAAAUAGAAUUACGAAAUAAACGAAUUAAAAUCUUGUUCUCACACAACGCAGUUAUGGAAUAAACGAUUUGUGACGCCACAAAAGAUUGCAUGCUGGGAAGAAUCAGCUUUUAUUUCACAAACAACCGGCACUGGCAGUCAUGCGCACGUCUGCCGUAAGGAUCAAUGAUAUGUGUUUGUAACGCGAUUCCAGCUGAAGUAUAAGAUAAACACCGUACAACCAUACAUUGCCACUUCUUUCGUUUAAUGUAUCAUAUUUUAUUGCUGCAUGGGAACAUUAAAAUAAAAUAACUUGAGUUUGUGUAACAAUAUGCCGAAAAAUGCUGCAAGUGCGCGGCAACGUGCCGACGAUUUCAAAAGCGACGGGCUAUAUGCACCCGAUACGGCGACGUUAAUGUGCAAAUUUUGUAAUUGUAAAGUCGCAUUUGAGAGAAAAGACACCGUGAUAAAGCACACUAAGAGCGAAAAACACAUAACUAAAAGAAAAAAAUAUGAUGAUGGGUGUGCUGAUAAAAAAAUUCAGAGCUCUGUUGCAGAGUGCUUUGGUAGUGCUAAACGUAAAAAAGCAGACGUCGAACAUUUGGCACUGAGGACAACAGAGGCCUUCGCUAAAGCUAACAUACCUCUUCAAAAAUUGGAUGAUCCUAACAUAAGGGCAUGGUUAAAUGAAUUUGUGGCAGGUUCUGGAGACAUGCCUUGUGUCAAAACACUGAGGGAAAAGUAUGUUCCUAAACUUGCUGAAUACCACUUUGAAAACGUGAUGGAAAUUGUUAAAGAUAAACUAAUUUUUAUCUAUUCGGAUGAGACUACAGAUAGUCAGGGAAGAUGUGUUUUUGUGGUACUAUUUCUAGUGCUCCAAGAACCAGUAGGCGAACCUCAGGGGGCCGAUUCUUGACGCUACCGGAAUAAUUCCGCUACCGGAUUAAUCCACGAGUUUCAUUCCGGUAGAGAGUAAAAAACCAAUUCUUGAAAUUGCUGUAGUGGCUACCGGAAUCAACAUUGUCGGGUCAACGAAAAGUCUUUACGGAAGUGAGGCAACGUUGCUUUAACUGUUGACGUCACUGGUAGAAGGCCAAUCACAAUGAGGAAAGGUAAAUUUCCCGUGGAAGUGGAUGAAUCAACGACCUAAGGUCGUUGGGAUGAAUACUGAAUGUUUUAUUUUGUUUACUCUUUGCAAAUAUCCUCGUUAGGGUAGGGGUGUAGGUUGAAGAUCUACUUAUCAAAUUGAAAUGAGCUGUAUAGUUACGGCCGAACAACGGGAAAUUUUGCUAUCAUUCAUGGAAAAAAAAUGAUUCUUUGUCCAGAGGAAAAUUUAAUCCUGAAUUUACCAAAAAAGCGUGCUGAUAGUUUGUGGCAAGAAUUUUAUUAAAAUUUACAAUUCUUAUCCCUUAAAAUUACUCGUUUUUUAGUUUAUUGUUUCUGCUUACUUGAUAGAAUUUAAAAUUCUUAUCACUUAAAAGGAAUCGUUUCUUAGUUUGUUUCUGCUUACUUUGCCGCAACUUUUUAUGUUAGUGUAAAAUUUGAGGUGAAAAUAAAUUUUAUGCGGUGUUUCUUGAUUCAGCAAACAAUAUUGUGAAUGUGUACAUUAGAUUUUUAUAACUGCAAGUCAAUACAAAAUUAUAAAAUUUUAUGAACAUCAUCUAGCAAUUAUCUCAUGGUGCGGGGGUAAAUGGGUAAAAGUUCCGUAUUGCGUAUCCAAGUUAACCUGUGAUCCUGUACACCUGAUCCUGUGGUACAUGAUGCUUAUUUUUUUAGCAGUGGGCAGGCGCGUAGCGCCGACGCAUUUCGCGCGACAGCGCGAAAUCUGAAGUUAUUCCAACUGAUAAAAAAGAUAAGCAUCAUAGAACACAGGAUCAGGUGUACAGGAUUAUGCCAUUAGAAUCAAAGGUAUAUCUGGAUACAUCUGGAUAAGCAAAACGGAACUUUUACCAAAGUUUGUAAUUGUUUGGUGUAGGGGCUUCUUGAAAAUCUUAUGAAUUUAUCAACAUUAUCUUUCUACUAUAUCUUCUUUCAUCAUUUAUUUAAUAAUGCUUGUGUGGGUUUUCAUCAGUGUGUGUUGUUUUCAAUCAUAUUAUUUGCGUGGUAGGAAUGUUGGCUCUGUUUGCAAAAUAGGGAAGGGUAAAUAGGAUAACCUUUAUUUUCACAAUCACUUAUAACUGUGGGAAAUUCAUAUAUAAAUGGACUCCUUUUAGAGUACUUUUCAAUUCCGGGAUGGAUGUACUUUUAACGAAUACAUGUGCAUAAUCUAACUACCACUAUAGUUUUGUUCCAUCAAAACAUGACACACGAUUGCAAUAUUUGGUGUCAAAAACGAAUUACGUAAUAUGGAAACUACGUUACCGGUAUUGUAUUUAUCACACACAAUAAACGUCAAAUAAGCCACAAAUUUAUACACAGCAAAAAUUUCAAUGUUUUUUAUGCUAAGUAGGUACAAUAUUAAGUAGGUACUUAAUGGAAGAUGGUAAAUAUAACUUUCGUAACGUAAUAUUUAAAUACCUGCCAUUGCAAAUCACACAAACAAAAAUGUAAUAAUACUUAAAACAUUAAAUAUUAGUUAAAUUGUUACAAAAGUUUUCUCGCCACGCACACACGAAUUUUGAAGGUUGAAAGCAUCACAUGGCGUAUUUUUAUCUGAAUAAUCACAUAACAUAAUGAGACUAAUAAGAUAUUUCUGGUUUUAAAUGAAGUAAUACAAUAUAAGUAUAUAAACACACGCAUUAUUAAACGAGAUUUAAAUGUAGCUAACCUAAACUAACCAAACAUACAAACGAUUUAAAAAAAUUUCUGAACCAUACCAGAGACUCCAUUUUGGACAAAUCAUGGUUUCAAAGAACAAACAACUUUUAAGUCGCUACCGGAAUUGUGAUUCCGCCAGCUCACGAGGUGGCGGAAUAAUUCCGGUAGUUUGUGACGUAAUUCCGAUACAUAAUUCCGCUAGCGAGUGUUCAAGAAUAGGGUUUAGCAAAUCUCUGGUGGAAUCAAGUAAUUCCGCUAGCGGAAUUCUUCUAGCAGCGUCAAGAAUAGGGCCCCAGGUAGUAGUAGCUUCAGUUAAUUUUCUUGCAAAAGCGGAUGCGACCACAUGUGCACAAGUUAUUUCAGAAUGUGUAAAUAAGUAUGCAAUUUCAUACAAGAACAUCAGAGGUUUGGUUACAGACUCAGCUUGCUACAUGACAAAGUGUGUCAACAGCUUGCAAGUUCUGUAUGGAGAUCACGUACUCCAUAUUCAGUGCUGGGCCCACAAAGUUGCCCUAGUAGGAAAUGUGUUGUCAUGUGAACUUGUUGAGGUAAACGAUGUCGUAGUGAAGGUAAAGUCUGCCUUUUUAAACACUCGCAAGAGGAAACACCAAUAUUUGCAAUAUUUGCGAGAAGAAACUGUGAAACCAGAUAAAUUGUUUCCAAUGCCAGUCAAUACUCGUUGGAAUUCAUGGUUUCGUGCAGUGUUCUACCUGGCUGAAUAUUUUUUGGAAAUCAUUAACUUUUUCAGAAAUAGUGACUUUCAGGAAACUAACAAUGCAGGAAUUAAGUAUCUGAUCAUGCUUUCAGACAAAGAAGUAUCCGUAAUUUUAGCACAGUGUAUUUUUGUACAGCAGCAUGCUUUUGAAAUAAUGGAUCUGCUAACGAAACUUGAAGGGUCUAAGUACCCUACAUCACAUACUCUGUAUGGGGAUCUGGAAAAUAUACAAAAAGGUUUGGACUGUGCAGCAAAGGGUAUAUUUUCCAAUACGUUCGAAAACAGUAGUGUCCUCAAAAAUUUGAACACCACUGACAUUGCACAUGUGAAGCACAACUGCCAAAAAGCCACAACACUGUGCAUGAACAAACUGCAGACACUCAUGAACAGUGAUCCUUGUGCACAUGUUUACAGGUCAUUGAACCAGCUUUUCAACCCUAAGAACAUUCUGCUUAACAAAACUGAAAACAUAGUUACACAACUAAAAUCCAUUGCUGACCUGAAGAUGAUAGACAGUGUUGACCUUUUUAAAGGGUACCAGUCUCUAAAAGAUGCAGCAGAGUCACUGUGCAGAGCUGGUGAAGUUGUUGAUGUAGUGAAAAUUCUCACUGCACUGACAACUGAUUGUCAACAGUUUGCUUCAGCUGUGCUUAAAUCAAUAUGGAUGCCUACAAAUAAUGUUGAGAGUGAGAGGUUGUUGAGUCACUACAAUAUUGUUGUUUCAGAUAGACGGCAGAACUUAAAAGAAGAGAAUAUUGAAGUGUUUACAAUGCUCUCCUUUGAUGAUUGAUAUAUAUAUAUAUAUUUUUUUUUUAAAGAAUUUUAUGCAACAGUUAUGUUAAGCUAAUGUGUGUGUAAAAUUUUUACAAGGAAAUUAUUAACACAUAGUGUUCAAUAGUGAAAUGAAAUGUUUUUGUGGUUCUACAUAUGAUGAACAGUUCUUUAAUUUCUUAUGUUAUGUACUGAACAAUGCAUUAAGCAACCAAGUGACUAAAAAAUUUCUGUAUGGAAGUUUCACAGUCAGUGGUGAGCAAUUUUUAUGUACAACUGGAAAUUUAAUGUUUUCAUUGUUAUUUAUUUUUGGUUUAAGCAAAUGUAAAGAGUGUGUUUAAAUUAGGAUAAUUAUAAGCUAUGCCAAAGAAAAUUAAUUACGUAACAAAUAUUAAGCCUAUACAGUUAAAACUAUUUAAUUUAAUUAUACAGAUAAAAAAAUAACACCGCUUUUUUACACCGCUUUUUGGCAAAAAUAAUACCGCUUUUGGCCAAAAAUAACACCGCCAAUUUCAGGUCUCUAAUGAUAAGUGUUUAUUCAGGCUUAUAACGGGACAUGGUUAGCCUAGUAUGUUUUAUUUUGUAAGCAUGAGAGCUUAGCUUGCUAUUUUAUGGUUAUAAAUCAAAGGUGUAAAUAAAUGCUCUCGCAGUUGUGGCGAGGCUGUAAAUACGUAACUUACAGAGGGCAACGUGCAUAUGUCCUUUCUUAAUUUAUUUGAUUACAGAAUGUAAUUUUUUGUCAAAUCCAAGCCAACCAGCAAUAAAGCAGUAUUUACUUUGUAAAGUUUCAUGUUGUAUUAUCUUCAACAAAUAUUUUAAUCUGUCAUAUACUUGUAACAUUGCCUUUUAGAAGUUGUUGCGCGGUAAAAACUGUGAUUGUCUUUGCUUGCUGCUAUAAUAAAUAGAGUGCUAAUCGAA